GACUGUUCAUAUCAAUUUGAUAAACUUGUUUACCAAGAUUCUCUUCACACUACAGUAAACAGCUCAAACUGCUGUGUCAUGCAUGAUAACAACUAUAAAUGGGGGAGGGGAUAUUUGCUAUACCGCAAACACUUUAACCUAACAAAUUGCCGGCUAAUUUUUGGUGUGUCGCUUGAUCGUUCCGAUAAUCGGGGGCUCGAUCGCGUGUCUCAUGCAGCGCUUUUAUACCUAUUUCGCUUCCAUUGUCAUUUAUGAGUUGCAGUUACGUCAAGAACAACGGGAAGUAAUUUCGCUGACCUUUAAAUAGAGCUCGACCGUCAACGAGAUGCAACAGUUGCAGCACAAUGCUAGAUCUAAAUGGAAAUCCCACCACAAGUUACGAUGCCAGGCUUAAGAUCUGGUCCGGUGCCAAGGAGCAAAGCUAUUACAACGAUGAUCUGACUAUUGGUCAGAUUAUAUUCAGGCAGCUGCAAAGUGAACCUCAGCGUAUCUUUCAGAUUUCUCACAGUGAAAAUACGCGCUUGACACGCUCCCAGAUGCUCGUGAAUGCGGCCAAGGUAAGCGAGUAUCUGCGACAACAAGGGUUCAGCAAGGAGACACAUAUUGUGGGUAUCCUGGCAAGGAAUACAACCCAUCUGGCUGCUCUAGGAUACGGUUGCAUGUUCAACGGCACCACUUUUCAUGCCGUCAAUCCCAAUUUGGACGAGCGAACCAUCUGCAUGCUUUUUGAUAUAACUAAGCCGCAACUCCUUUGCUGCGAUGCCCAGGACUAUGAUAAAAUGAGAAAUGUGGCCAAAGCACUGAGCGCAAAGCUGUUGACCAUUGAUGGCAGUAUUGCAGGAGUAAAAAGUAUCUUGGAGGUGUUCAAAACAACAUUGCCAGAGGACUACAAACCAGAGAGCUUUGAUCGAGGCAUAGAUCGCACUUUGGCCAUACUCUGCUCGUCGGGCACAACGGGAACGCCAAAAGCUGUUACUCUUUCAAAUAGUCGCAAGAUAUUUGAAGCUCACAGCUAUCUCAGCUUGAAUGACGUGCAGUAUGCACCAAGUACUUUGGAUUGGUUGACGGGUCUCAUCAGUCUCAUUACGGCGGGUGUCUACGGCACUUUGCGGCUAAUUUCAAAGGAGCCAUUCAGUCCGGCGCAUUUCUUGACUAUGUGUGAACAGCACAGCAUUAGCUGGGCUAUAGUGGCUGCCUCACAUAUCGCUAUGCUGGCGAAUAAUCCCGAUGUGAAUGCCAAGCAAUUGCGCAGUCUACGACAUCUACUCUUCGCUGGCGGUCACACGCUAGUGGCGACUCUCGAGAAGAUGCGCUCGUAUCUGCGAGGUGAUGGUAUUCUACGGAAUGCCUACGGCAUGACGGAGCUGGGCACCUGUGUGUCCUGCAAUUACAGCACCCACACAAAGCCAUCAUCGGUGGGUCGCCUUAUGCCAAACGUUCGCAUGCGCGUGGUGAACGAGACGGGGGAAUCCUUGGGUCCCAAUGCAGUGGGUGAACUCUACUGCGAGCAUGGACAACACUGGAGUGGCUACUUUGGGAAUGCAGUGGCAACUAGCGAAAUGAGGGACGCUGAGGGUUGGUUCCACACUGGUGAUUUGGGCUACUUUGACGAGGAUAACUAUCUGCAUAUUGUAGAGCGCAAAAAAGAUAUGCUCAAGUUUGUGGGCAUGAUGUACUAUCCACAUGAGAUCGAGGAAGUGAUUGCCCAGAUGCCACAAGUGGCGGAAGUUUGUGUUUUUGGUAUUUGGAAUGAGAUCGAAGGCGAUGCUGCUGCUGCUUCAGUGGUCGCUAAAGCAGGAUGUCAAGUGAAUGCGCGCAACGUGCAGGACUUUGUGGCCCAAAAGAUCAGUGUCGACUAUAAGCACCUGCAUGGCGGCGUCCAGAUCGUGCCUGUUUUGGCCAAAAGUGCCAAUGGCAAAGUUAAUCGACAUGCCGUUAAGGCAGCCUAUCUAAAGUCAGUUGAACACAACUGA